UCGGGAAGGGGGAAGCAAGGGAGUGUAUGGGGAGGGUAGGGGAGGUGUAGGAGGGAGAAGGUAGAAAAUCGAGCUCUAAACACGACGAGAGAUAUUUUACGGGAAAAGUAAGAAAACGAAGAAAAGAAAAAGAAAAAGAAGAAGAAGAAGAAGAAGAAGAAGAAGAGGAGGAAGAGGAGGAGGAGGAGGAGGAGGAGAAAGGAAAACAAAAAAUAAAGAGGAUCGUUAACUCGAUAGUCUAUAAUCUCGAGAAAAAGAAAAGAGAAAAGAGAACGCAGAAAACAGAAAAAGAAAAAAAAAGAAAAAAAAAAAAAAGAACAACGUUAAACUCUUCUCCACGAGCAAGGAACACCGACCGAUUUACGGGAGUGUGCGAGAGACGGGAGACAAUAGGGUAGUAGGGUAAGGGGGAUGGUGGGUGUACGGAGAGACGAAGAAGAAAAGAAAAGAAAAGAACUAGAAAGAGAGAGAGAGAGAGAGAGAGAGAGAGAGAGAGAGAGAAUAAGAAAAAGUGGAAGUAAAGGAAAAAAAAAAAGUCAAAGCGAAGGGUUGACGUCGAUCGAGGAUGGAAAAUAAGUUCGAUGUCAUGAAAGGGGUUGGCUUUAUUCUUACCAUCACCUUACUUUAACCCCCCUUUAACUCCUUCCACACUCUACCAUUUUUCCCGCUAUUAGAUACAAAGGGUUGCCGUGAUCGUGCGAAUUCCAAACUUCUUCGCGGUAAAGGCACCCCAAUCAUCCCUUUUUCUAUACAUUUAUCUAUAUAUAACUAUUUAUCUUUUCUUUUCUUUUCUUUUCUUCUUCGUCUCAAUCUACAACCACCAUUUCUCCCUUCUAUUAUCCUUAAGAAUAAUUUCGAUAUUUAUUAUAAUAGUUCAUGAAGCGACUAGUUCUUAGGGAUAUUAUCUUUCUCUCUCUCUUUUUUCUAAUAAAUAAAACAUUUUAUUUAUUAUGUAAGAUAUAGUAAUGAUAGAAAAUAUGGUAUAAUAGAAUAGAAUGGGAUAGUAUGAUGGAAGAAGGGGUUGAUCAAGGAAAGGGAUUUCUUGGUAGGGGUAUCAUCGAAAGUUAUACCAACGUAGACCUUCGUAGUAAGAGGAUGGAAACUAUUUUUACGUCUCGUUACUAUAAACUCAAUCGUUUGUUUUUAUCGAUCGUUGGUAUUUGGCCAUACGAUGAUCCAAGGGAUAGUCUAAUACGAAAGAUCAGAAUUUAUAUAACACUUACAAUUGCAAUAUUAUCGCAAAUAUUCGCCCUCAUAAAAUCUGAUUUAUCACUGCAAACGAUUAGUUCAAUAUUUACGUUUCUUGUACCAUCGUUAUGUGUGCUCACUUGUUAUCAAAGCACCAGUUCUCAUAGCAAGAUGAAGAUUAUGAUCGAACAUAUGAAUUACGAUUGGUACCAUUUAAUUUCUGAUAAGGAACGACCUAUCAUCGAGGAAUAUGCGAGCCGGAUUAGAAUAUAUACGAUUAUUAAUAUUGUGAUGUAUUUCAGUAUUAUAUUACUGUACAUGUUACCAGUGACCUCGAGAUUUUUAUUCGACCUUUUUGUAUCAACGAGAAAAACUCAAACGUACGAGAUACCAUUUAAAAUAGAAAUAUUUAUCGAUCAGCAAAGAUACAUAUUCUUUGUAUUGAUACUGAGCUACAUUGUGUUAUUUUUCUUGGGAAUUUCUACAAACGCUUCGUAUAUGCUUUUUGUUAUUUACUUUCAGCAUGCCUGUGGUUUGCUCGAUAUUAUUGGGAAUAUGUUGAAACAUGCAUUUGAUACGGGAACUUACAACAAAUGUACAGAAAAGGAUAUCGAGAAUAUCACAAUGAGAAUAAUACGUUGUGUUUUAUGUCACACGAGAACUAUACGAUUCAUCGAUAACAUAAAUUCGACAUUUCAAACAAGUAUAAUAAUUCACUUGAUAUUUGGAUUUCUGAUGAUUUUUAUUGCGUUCUAUCAAGUAUUGUCUGUGGAAGAUAUUACCAAAAAUAAAAGAAAAUUUUUCGUGGAGCUAUUCUAUAUGAUUAUUAUCAUUCUAUGGCUGUCUCUUUUUUCUUACCUUGGACAAAUGUUACUGAAUAAAAGCGCUGAGAUAUUGAAUAACGCUUACAAUUCGAUGUGGUAUUUGGCGCCGUACAAGAUGCAACAAUUAUUGUUAAUUAUUAUGAUUAGAUGCGACAAAUUGUCGGCUCUGAUUAUCGGGAAAACGUUUGUGACGUCCUUGGAAUUGGCCACAUCGAUGUUACACAACGCGAUAUCUUAUGCUAUGGUCAUACGUUCUAUUGGUUAA